UCCCUCCUCGCCGACACGAAGCUUCGAGGCGCCGCGGAUGUUUCGCUUCAGACACUUCGCUCGGUAAAUACUUCGGACUGCGACGCAUCACUCGGUUUGGAGGAAGAACGAGAGAGAAACCGAACGAUCCUAAAAACACAGUUGAAGGCGGACGGAGACUUAUGUCGCCCUGUUAGCGGAGCAACAUGUUCAACAAGUCGUUCGGGACGCCCUUCGGCGGGGGGACGGGCGGGUUCGGCAACGCAUCCACCUUCGGACAACAAAACGCCGGCUUCGGGGCGACGGGCGGCUUCGGGACGUCUGCGUUCGGGACGACCACCAACACCGGAGGCCUGUUCGGCACCACACAGAACAAACCCGGCGGCCUGUUCGGGUCCAGUACGUUCAGCCAACCGCCCGCUGCCUCCUCCGCCAGCACCGGUUUUGGCUUCGGCGCGACCAGCGCCACGUCCACCAGCCUGUUCGGCAGCACCGCGACCGGCGCCAGCGGCGGACUCUUCUCCCAGCCGAACAAUGCCUUCGGCGCCACCAAACCCACAUCUUUUGGAAGCUUCGGGACAAGCACCAACAGCAGCGGCGGCUUGUUCGGGGCGACCAACACAGCCUCCAACCCGUUCGGUGCAGCCAGCUCACUGUUCGGGGGCGCGGGGGGAUUCUCCGCCACGCAGCAGCAGCAGCAGCAGCAGCCGGGGACGACCGUGAAGUUCAAUCCUCCAACAGGAAGUGACACGAUGGUGAAAGCCGGCGUGACCACAAGCAUCAACACCAAACACCAGUGCAUCACGGCAAUGAAGGAGUAUGAGAACAAAUCUCUGGAGGAGUUGAGGCUGGAGGAUUACCAGGCGGGCCGGAAGGGCCCGACCACCCAGAUGGCAGCUGCGACGGCCAGCCUGUUCAGUUCGGCCACGCCCACAUCCAGUGCCGCCACGGGCCUGUUUGGCGCCGCAGCCCCCAACGCCAGCUUCUCGUUUGGGCCGAACAAAGGCACGUUUGGAGCAGCAGCGGCGGCGCCCGGCGGGUUCGGUGCCGCCACCGGUAGCCUGUUCACGCAACCGACCCAGCAACCGGCCAGCAGCCUGUUCAAGCCGUUCGGUCAGACCACCACUGCGCCCAACACUGGCUUCUCCUUCGGCAACACGAACACCAUUGGCCAGGCCAACACCAGCACCAUGGGUUUGUUUGGCCAGACUGCGCCGGCUCAGGCGGGCGGGUUGUUUGGCGCCGCUCAGACCAGCACAGCCCCCGGCUUCGGGACGGCCACCGGACUGUUCGGACAAACCAACGCCGGGUUUGGAAACGUCGGCACAUCGUCGACUCUGUUCGGUAACAAGACAAGUGGGUUCGGCGCCACCACCACCAGCGCCCCGUCCUUCGGCACCGGUGGCGGGCUCUUCGGCAACAAGCCAGCCCUCACGCUGGGACCCGGCACCAACGCGUCCUCCUUCGGCUUCGGGACGAACCCAGCUGCAGGGAGUCUGUUCGGGAACAAACCAGCCACUGGCGGACUCGGCACCGGACUGGGAACCAGCUUUGGAGCAGCAGUGGGCGCCGGGCAGACGUCGCUGUUCGGGAACAACCAGAACAAACUGGGAACCACGCUGGGAACGAUGGGAACCUUCGGAGCGACGGGAUUCAACAGUGGAUCCAGCGCCCUGGGCUUCGGAGCGCCGCAGCAGCCAGUCGCGCUCACGGACCCGAGCGGCGCCGCGGCCCAGCAGGCCAUGCUCCAGCAGCAGCUCAGCGUUCUGGCAUAUUCUCCGUACGGAGACUCGCCGCUAUUCAGGAACCCGCUGUCAGACCCCAAGAAGAAGGAGGAGCGUCUGAAACCAACCAAUCCAACAGCCCAGAAGGCUCUGACCACGCCCACCCACUACAAGCUGACCCCUCGACCCGCAACCAGGGUCCGGCCCAAAGCGCUGACGUCAUCCGGCUCAUCCAAGUCGCAGCUAUUUGACGGCCUGGACGAUGACGAGCCCUCGCUCACCAAUGGCGCCUUCGUACCCAGGAAGAGUAUCAAGAAACUUGUGUUGAAGAAUCUGAACAGCAGUCAGUACAACAGCCAGACGGAGAUCGAGACGGACGACCUCGCUUCACCAUCAGAGUAUCCACACAACGGACACAGCCUGGUGGAGGAUGAGGACGAGUUGAGGGAGCUGGUGAGGCCCGGCAGCCGAGUGGACGACGACCCCGAGGUCACGCACUUCUAUGUCAACCCCAUCGCCAAGCCGAUCCCGCAGGGCCGCGUCCACGCCAGCCUGCAGGACACCAUCAGUGACCUGAACAUGCACAAACCCGCCAGGAACGGCCUGGAGCUGAGCAGUGAUGACGUGUCGGCGUCUCUGGGGGAGGAGUCUCUGCAGGAGGAGAGGGAGGAGGAGCCUCAGGAGGUUCAACAAGCUCCUCAUCCGGCAGGCAUCGUCCUGAACCGAGUGGGUUACUACACCAUCCCCUCCAUGAAGGAUCUUGCGGAGAUGGUUGACGACCACGGAGAUUGUUCAGUGGAUAACUUCACCGUUGGCAGGAAAGGCUACGGUUCCAUCUUCUUCCCCGGGGAGGUGAACGUGACGGGACUGAACCUGGACGAGAUCGUGCACUUCAGACGCAAGGAGGUCAUCGUGUACCCGGACGACAAGAACAAGCCACCAGAGGGGGAGGGGCUUAACAGGCGGGCGGAAGUGACACUGGACGGCGUUUGGCCAAAUGACAAGACGAGCUGUGCUCAGAUCCGGAGCCCCGAGCGUCUGACCGACAUGAACUACGAGGGGCGUCUGGAGAAAGCCUCGCGAAAACAGGGAGCGCGUUUCCUGGAGUACCGAUCUGAGACGGGCUCCUGGGUGUUCGAGGUGGCCCACUUCUCCAAAUAUGGCCUCCAGGACUCUGACGAAGACGACGACGUGCCGUUGAAAACCGACCCCAAGAAGCUGAAGACCAUGAUGUCACUUCCUCCUUCCCAGCAGCAGGUGGCACCACAGGCUCAGUCCAAAGUUGUCGUGGAGGUUCCAAGCGGUGGCGUGGCGGAGCUGGACAGCGACAUGGCCGACAUCACCCAGAGCUUCCCGACAGAGAGCAUGCUGGGAGGAGGGGAGGAGGAGGACCACGACGCUGAGAGCGACCUGCCGGGGGCGGAGUCAACGAGCGCAAAGCUCGGAGGUCUGACCCUCGCCGAGCACGACGGCAUCUCGGCGUCCAGCCACAUCGCGUCUUCGCUGGGCAUCAACCCGCACACUCUGCAGAUCAUGAAGGCAUCUCUGUUCGCGGAGGACGAGGAGGAGAGCGACAUGUUUGUGGAUCGAGGAGUGAUGAAGGUUGACGUCUCCUCUCCUCGUCUCGUCCUGACGGGAGCUCAGAGCAGAACGUCUGUGGGCGGUCUCCUUCAGGCUCGUUUCACCUCCGGCCUCCUCUCUCAGCUCUCAGACUCUUCUCCUCACCCUCCACGUCCUCUGUCCCGGGCGUCCCCGUCUUUGGGCGAUGCCCCCCGCUCUCUCCACUGGGCGGGGCCCAGCCCCUCCUUCCUGCUGCCCCCUCGCACCCCAGAGCCGUCGGUCAGGACGGUGGGCGUACGGCGACUGGGCGGCCCCGUCGCCCUCAAAGAGUCGGUCACUGUCGGGAAGGGGAGUUUUUUGAUGGACACCGGGCUAUUUGUGGGUCGAUCCUUCCGGGUCGGGUGGGGUCCCGGCUGGACGCUCGCGCACUGCGGCGAGCGGCUGAGUUCACCGACCUCCAAACACCAAGAACAGACCGGCAAGACCGACUUCAGCUUCCUGCCGAAACCUGCCAGGAGCAAACCACUCGUCGAGAGCCCGUACAAGGUGGUGUUGGAGCAGCUGGUGGGUCUUGAGCCUCGGGCAACCUGCGAGGAGGAGGGUGAAGGGAGCCAGGCGGUGCUGCAGCGCCCCCUGGAGAUCUGCCUGCAGCACAGCACCAUCAGCGCCACUGAUGCCUCCGCCUGCCCCCUGGUGCGACCGCAGCUCGGCGUGGCGGCGCUGCACGAAUAUGCCAAGUGGAUCACGGAGCUGAACGACGCACAGGGCGACGCAGACCCCAUCCUGGGCCACUGGGCCGAGGUGUGGACCCUGUGUGCGGCGCUGUGGGGGCGGCUGGGCCCCGCAGACCAGGAGCCGGAUGACGACGCGCCCAGCGACUACGAGCAGCAGCUGGAGAGACGGCGAACCUUCUCGGCCUGGCUGUCGCACGGCGCCACCUGCAGGGUGGAGGAGGAAGUGGCCCAGGUGGAAAGGGGGCGCCACACGGAUGCCAUCUUCAGCUAUCUGACGGGCAACCGCAUCAGCGAGGCGUGUCGACUCGCGCAGAAAGAAGGUGACCACCGCCUGUCGCUGCUGCUGUCGCAGGCCGUGGGCUCGCAGUACGGCCGCGACCUGCUCGCCCUUCAGCUCGCCGACUGGAACCGCAUGCAGACGGACUGCUACCUGCCGGAGGAGCGGCUGCGCAUCUUCACACUGCUCGCUGGGAAACCUGUGUGGCAGUCGUCGGACUCCGUGGUGAAUGUUUGCUCGCAGCUGGACUGGAAACGCUGCGUCGCCGUUCACCUCUGGUUCAUGUUGCCUCCGACCGCCUCCGUGGCGGACGCCCUCGCCAAGUAUGAAGCUGCCUUCCAGGGCUCGUGUGAGGGGGGGAAGUACGCCUGCGCCCCCCUGCCUCCAUACCUGGAGGCGGAGAAGUUGGACAUGAUGAUGGAUGAGGAGGAAGAGGAGGAGGAGUCUAAACGGCCGCUGUACGACCUGUGUUUCCACUUGCUCAAACUCUACAGCGACAGACACUACAGUCUGCAGCAGCUGCUGGAGCCGCUCACCAUCACGUGGCAGCGCCUGGACUAUCGUCUCAGCUGGCACCUGUGGGGCGUCCUGCAGGCGUUACACUAUAGCCAUCUGAGCGCCUCGCGGCAGGGCCUCCUCCACGCCAGCUACGCCGCGCAGCUGGAGAGCGCCGGCCUCUGGCACAUGGCCAUCUUCAUCCUGCUGCACAUCCCCGAGCACACUCAGCGCGAGCGAGCGGUGAGGGAGAUGCUGACGCUGCACUGCCCCCUGCUGGAGACGGACGAGUCGCUGCGGAGGGAACGCUUCCUGACGGAGCGGUUGCUGAUCCCGGGGCAGUGGAUCCACGAGGCCAAGGCCACCAGGGCCCGGCGGGACGCUGACCGCCACCAGGAGGCGCUGCAGCUUUACCGGGCCGGGUACUGGAGCCAGUGUCACCGGCUACUCAUCCAACAUCUGGCCUCAGACUGCAUCAUCAACGACAACCACGACUACCUGCUGGAGUUCCUGGAGGGGCUGGCGGUCCCUGAACACAGCACCAGCAUCCAGGACUGGGACACGGCGGGGAGGGUCUACCUGGACUACAUCCGGGUCAUCAAGACCCUGCAGGACAUCCAGCAGAUGGAGAACAGCGGCUACGAGCUGGAGCGACUCUACACCGACGUGACGUCGCUCUGUGGCAGAAUCGAGCUCCUGCCGUGCAGCACGGCCAGAGACCGGCUCGCCCAAUCAGAAAUGGCGAAGCGUGUGUCCAACAUCCUGCGCGUGGUGCUCAGCCUGCAGCAGGGCGACGCGGCGUCCGACUCCCUCGGCGUCCCUCUCGCCCAGCUGGCGCCGCACGUCACCCGCCUGCCGAUGCCGGAGGACUACACGCUGGAGGAGCUGCGCGGCCUCACCCAGUCGUACCUGCGGCAGCUAAUCGUCGGCCAAUGAGGGCGCGGCGGCGAUAGCGAGACACUUUGAGAAGUUUGUUCAGGCGUUGAAACUGAACUGAUGAAAGAAAAGUUUCCACCUGCAGUUUGUUGUGCUUCAGUUUCUGGACGUUGUCUGUUUGAGCUGCGAUGAUUCAAAGACACGGAAUCGAACACGAGCGUCUUCACACAUCUACCGUCACAUCAGACCCCAAACACACUUACAUCAAACUAAAAAGUUUUUUUCAACAAAGUUUUUAUCUCAAAAUUAAUGAUAUAAAUAAAACAAUUGGGGAAACCAGCUGUAACUGUCUGUUAUCGGAUGUAACUGGUCGAAGCCAAUUAUAACUAGUUGUAACUGGUAACUAGUUUAAACCUGUUGUACCUGAGUUCAACUGGUUGUAACCAGCUCUAACUGGCUUAGCCGGUUGUUACCAGCUGUUACUGGUUGUAACUGGUUGUAGUCGGUUAGAACUGGUUGCAAAAGGGGUUAACUAACUGCCACUGUCUGUAGCCGGCUGUAACCGGUUGAUACCAGUUGUAACAAGCCCUAACUGGUUGUAACUUGUUUCAGUUUUAUUUAAAUCCAGUUUCUUUCAGUUUGAUUUGAAUCUUUCAGACUCGUGAAACUUGAGCUUCAGUUUAAAACAUCACAUCGUCUCCAGUAUUGAUUAAUAUGUUAAUGAGCUGAAACUAAAUAAUUCACAUCAGAGACGAACCUGUGGAUUAAUCGACGACUUGUUAAUUCUUGAGUAUUUUUUCUUAAAUACGUCGUUGCAGGUUGUUAUUCACUGAACGCUCACUCACCUUGUACAUUACAGUAUAUAUUAUAUAAUGCAGGUGGUGAAGAUGAAGAAGCUCAGGUCUGAUUGAUUUUCAGAUUGUUUAGAAACUGACUCUGGAUCGAUCAGCUUCGUUGUCGCGCUGUGUUCAAGAGCGUUAAUGUGAAUUUGAAUUAUCCGUUUGACCUUUGACCCCCAAAGAAAGUGCCGCCUUAUAGAUGAACUUUUUUUUUCAUUCAGAUAUUUGGUUUUAUGAUGUGGGAGUAAAAACAGCCGUUAGCUUAGCAUCAGUCAUGUGUGGGUUAGUGAGCAAAGACGCAGGAUGUUGACGAAACGUGUGUGUGUGUGUGUGUGUGUGUGUGUGUGUGUGUGUGUGUGUGUGUGUGUGUGUGUGUGUGUGUGUGUGUGUGUGUGUGUGUGUGUGUGUGUGUGUGUGUGUGUGUGUGUGUGUGUGUGUGUGUGUGUGUGUGUGUGUGUGUGUGUGUGUGUGUGUGUGUGUGUGUGUGUGUGUGUGUGUGUGUGUGUGUGACAAGUUAUUUUUAUUUUCAUCUGUCAGUGAAGAAUUUCCUUCUAAAACCAGAUUCUCUGAGUUUCACCUCAGCAAUCUUCUCUAUAUAUUUUGUAAAAAUCAAAUGGCCUCAGGUCAUUUUUAUCUUCAUCAUACGAUUGUUAAUAAGUGUUUUCAAACGAAUCCUUUCACUUAUCGAUCGAUACGUCGAUAGAUUGAUCAUUUUCUUUCUGUUGUAGAUAAAAUUUGACAAUUAUGUUUUUCUCAAAGUAAAAUCAGUUUGUUUCUUUGAAGUCGUUUCUCCAGUUUAACACAAACUCUGAGUGUGUGUGUGAGUGCGCAUGUUUAAUGAUGAUUUUGUUGAUAAUAUUUUUUAAUAAAGUCAAGUAGAAAUAAA